AUGGCCUCGUACUCAUCUUCCUCGGCGUGGAGUACCAGUUCCUGGUGUGGGACCCCGUCACCGGCGUCCGCCACUUCAUCGACCCCCCUCCAGGCUCCAGCACGGGCUCUGUCUGCACGGGUCAACGGAGCGGUGCUUCGAGAUGCGAGAGUCGACGACGACUUCAAGGUUGUCCUGGUGGCCGUUGAGGGUUCACGAGCAAUCGCCUGCGUCUACUCGUCCAAGACCCGUGAUUGGGGUAAUCUCGUCUCAACCAUGCUUCCACCCAAGGGUUUUAUGGGCAGCCCUCCUGCCAUGAAUUUUUCGAAGAUGCACUCUCUGCUUGUUGGGGAUUCCCUUUACUGGCUUCUCUCUGACAGGCCGACGAGCCUAACUGAGGCCUUCAGCCACGCUCCUUGUCCAAGCAGUAUCCUUGAGUUUGAUGUGGAGAGGCAGAGCCUAACCGUGGGACGUGUGUCAGGAGACCUGAACUACACCAAAGACCAUGAGAUCUCUCUUAUAACUGAAAAGGGUGGUGGACUUGGUUUACUCACGUUGUCAGGCUGCAAUGCACACUUCUGGAGAAGAAACAGUGAGCAUGAUGGUGAUUCUUCAUGGGUGCUUGGAAGAACUAUCGAACUAGACAAUCUUCUCUCCUUGAAUCCACAGAAGGAGGCGGGGCGCAUAUUCAUAGAAGGGUUUGCUGAGUAUAAUCAUGUGGCGGUCUUGUCUACUCCUUCCUCCCUCUACACGGUCCAGUUUCAGCCAUUGGAGGUCAAGAAACUUCACAAUGUAGGUUCUCAAUAUCAUGCAUUCGAAAGUGUCUGCACUGCAGGUAAUGGCGGGCGGCCUGAUGCAGCUGAUGUUGCACAAAACGCUUAA